AUGGUAAUCCAUGGCAGUGAAAGCUUCAUCAUUCAGAACUGCUGCCUGUGUCUUCUUGCCGUGUGGACUGUGAAAAAGAUUUUGAUGGCUAUGCAUGAAGAUGAAUCUAAAAUGCAAAUGUACAUUCAUGAUCUCAAUGAAUUCGUAUCUAAUCGUGAUCUCCCAACAGCAAUUAGCAAGAUUCAAGAAUAUCACAAAAAUCAAGAUCUAGUCGAACUUAAUAUUGGAGUGACGGGAGGAUCGGGUUCUGGAAAGUCUUCAUUUGUCAAUGCAUUCAGGGGUCUAGAAGAUGAUGACGAGCUCUCUGCUAAAACUGGUGUUGUAGAAACCACUAUGGAGCCUGAAGCUUAUAUUCACCCAAAAUAUGACAAUGUGAAAGUUUGGGAUCUUCCUGGCAUUGGAACACCAAAAUUCAAAGCCGAUGAGUAUCUUCAGAAGAUAGAUUUUAAAAAUUUUGAUUUUUUCAUCAUCAUUGCUUCAGAUCGAUUUACAGAAUGCCACACUCAGCUAGCUAAAGAGAUCACAAGAAUGGGGAAGAAGUUUUACUUUGUUCGUUCCAAGAUUGACACAAACAUUGAUGCUGAGAAGAGGAAGAAAAACUUUGACCUAAAAAAAACACUGGAUAUCAUCCGAGAGGACUGUGAAACGGGUUUGAAAAAGAUCGAUAUUGAGGAUCCUGUCGUGUUCCUGAUCUCUAGGUUUGCGCUCGGCGAGUAUGACUUUGAUCUGCUGGAGAAGAGGAUGGAGAAAGAGCUUCCACAGCAUAAGAGACAUGUGUUGAUGCUGACUUUGCCAAAUAUCACACAAGAGAUUAAUAAUAAGAAGAAGAAGGCACUAGAAGAAAACAUUGCAAAAGUUGCCUUUCUGUCUGCAUGUGUGGCUGCUUUUCCCAUUCCUGGUCUUUCAGCUGCUGUGGAUCUUGCCAUUAUAGCAGCACAGCUAAAAAAAUACUACAGUGCAUUUGAUCUGGAUGAUCCAUCCCUGGAGAAACUCAGUGAAAGAUCUGGAAAACCUGUGGAGGAAUUAAAGAAUCUGAUGAAGUCACCAUUCCGCCAUGGGAUUGAUAAAGAAACAAUAAAGAUUUUGCUUAAUAAGUCAUUCCUCACCGUAUCUUUAAGUGCAGUUGAGUAUACUCUGAGCUUUAUACCCAUUAUUGGCUCUGUGAUGGCAGGAGGAAAAUCCUAUAUAGCGGUCUCUUCUUUGCUGAAUUCAGCUCUGAAUGAAAUAGCAGAAGAUGCCAAAAAUGUGCUUAUGGCUUCAGUACAGGCUUAAGUGUAAACAUUCCAUAUGACAAAUUUAAAAUAUAGUUUAACAUAUAUUAAAUGUUUAGAGAAGUAA